AUGGCUCCCAGCUUCGACAACCUCUCCGAGGAUGAGUUCGACGUCGAAGAUAUCAACUUUGAUGAUCUCCACGAACAGUUCGAAGUCCGACUCGAAUCAGGAUACGAUGCCUUUGUGGUUCUCGAUGGUCUCCCGGUUGUGCCAGAGGACAACAAGGACAAAUUAGUGAAAUAUGUUUCCAAGAAACUGGCUAGCGUCGGCCGCGUGGUUGACUUUUUCAUGCCCAUGAACGAGGAGGCCAAGUCUGAAGGAUACGCCUUUGUUGAAUACGAGACCCCAGAACAAGCAUCAGCUGCCGUCAAGUCGCUUCACGGCGUUGCUCUUGACAAAAAACACACCCUUCUAGUCAACAAACUUACCGACAUUGAGCGCUACGGCCGCGAAGGACGUAUCGACGAGGAGUACACCGCACCCGAAAUCCCACCAUUCCAGGAGAAAGAACACUUGCGAUCAUGGCUUGGUGACCCAAAUGCUCGAGACCAGUUUGCCCUUUUCCGCGGCGACAAAGUAGGCGUGUUUUGGAACAUGAAGAAGGACGAGCCGGAGAACGUUGUUGAUCGCCCCCACUGGACACAGCUUUUUGUGCAAUGGUCGCCGCUUGGAACAUACUUGGCUUCGAUGCAUCCCCAAGGUGUGCAACUUUGGGGUGGACCUUCAUUCUCCAAGCAAAAGCAACUUCCUCAUCCUUUUGUUCAGCUCAUCGAAUACUCUCCCAACGAAAAGUACAUCACAACCUGGUCGGCGCGACCUAUUCAAGUUGAGGAGGGACAAGCAGGACCUCUUACUAUUGAUGAAGAUGGAAAGCACAUUGUCAUUUGGGAUAUUGAGUCUGGAAAACCUUUGCGAUCUUUCGUGGCACAUGAACUUGCUGGACCUGAAGGUGAUGCAGCAGCACCCAAGAAGAAGAUUCAAUGGCCCGCAUUCAAAUGGUCUGCAGAUGAAAAGUACGUUGCUCGUAUGCUGCCAGGACAGUCAAUUUCCAUCUACGAAACGCCGCGCAUGAACUUGCUGGACAAGACUUCUGUCAAGAUUGAUGGCAUUGUGGACUUUGAAUGGGCGCCUGCUACCGUGGUUCGUGAGGGUGUCAAGCGUUACGAACAAUUACUUUCCUACUGGACUCCUGAAAUUGGCAGCAACCCAGCCAAGGUGGGUUUGAUGAGUGUUCCAUCAAAGGAGAUUGUCCGUACACGAAAUCUAUUCUUGGUUUCAGAUGUCAAGCUUCACUGGCAAUCACAAGCAGCCUUCCUCUGCGUCAAGGUUGACCGACACAGCAAGAGCAAGAAGAGUAUGGCUACAAAUUUGGAGAUUUUCCGUAUUAAGGAGAAGGGCGUUCCCGUCGAGGUUGUGGACAGCUUGAAGGAUACAGUCAUUAACUUUGCAUGGGAACCUAAGGGUGACCGAUUCGUUUUGAUCACAUCUGGGGAGGCCGUCGCUGGUGCAGCAACAGCCCCCAAAACAGCUGUCCACUUCUUUGCGCCAGAAAAGGUCAAGGGACCCGGUAUUGGAAACUUCCGACUUGUGCGAACGAUAGAGCGCAAGACCAGCAACGGUAUCUACUGGUCGCCCAAGGGACGAUUUGUGGUCGUUGCCACUGUCCACUCACAAUCCAGCUUUGAUCUCGAUUUCUGGGACAUGGACUUUGAAGGUGAAAAGCCCGAGGCAGAGAAGGAUUUGAAUGCCAAUGUUAUGCUUUUGAAAACUGCAGAGCACUACGGUGUCACAGACAUUGACUGGGACCCCACGGGCCGAUAUGUUGUCAGCAGCGCCAGUGUGUGGACUCAUUCUAUGGAAAACGGCUGGAACAUUCACACCUUCUCCGGCGAGACACUUGCCGAACACCCCACAGAGAAAUUCAAGCAAUUCCUCUGGCGACCCCGACCACCCACCUUGUUGAGCAAGGAGGAGCAGAAACAGGUCCGCAAGAACCUGCGUGAAUACUCCAAGGAGUUCGACGAGGAAGACAAGUACGCCGUCGACAUUGCCAACACAGCGGUCGUCGAGAAACGUAAGCGUGUGCUCAAUGAAUGGUUGGCCUGGGCCCGGAGGGAGAAGGAACUCCUCACCGAGGAGAAGGAAGAUGCUGGUUUGCCUGAAGAUGAAGAAAUCUACGCCGAUACGCCCAAGGCAGUCGCCAAGGCGGAGGGAGAGGCUGCGGAUACCGUUGUCGAGGAGAUUGUGGAAGAGAUUAUUGAAGAGACGGAGGAGAUUAUUGGAUAG